CCCGCUCGGAUCACAGGACUACUGUACCGAUACCGAACAGCCCUGAUGGUAGCAGCGACGGGCGGACCGUAGGGCACCCCGACCCGGAGGACUUGGGGCUAUUGAAGAAGACGCUUCUCUACUGUGUGUCCUUCUGGCUGGAAGACAAUCUUCUAACUAACAUCCAGCUAACUUUCAGUUCAAUAUUUGUCGCGGCCGUUUUAUUGCGUUUUUCCCUCUUCCACCAUCACCAACUCACAUUGUGCAGGUGUAGGAGGGGGCGGUGUACAGGCCGGUCUCACUGAGACCCUUUUGGACGCUGACGUGUUUCAGCGGGCCAUGCCAAACCUGCAGUGUCAGAUGCCAUUUUACUGCGUCGGAAACCCCAAUAUAUUGGGCCUGUCAUCUCACUAGAAGUUGUUCAAAGUAGUACACGACUGGUGCGGUGGGGAGCUACAUGGUCAGAUGCAUUGUGCACUCUUCGUGCUGAAGCUUAUGGGUCCUGCGUACUCAAGCUCCCGGCUCCCACACAAAAAGGUGUGCUGCGGGGGUCCACAGCACGGUCUGACCGCCUCACAUCUGGAUCGUCCGUCCUCAGUCAUCUGAGGCCUAGGUGGUCGUGAGGUCCUCGGAGUUUAAGAUCAUCUCGCUGUGAUCGCUUCCAGAGGAUUUUGUGUAAUUGAAACCGGUGUUAUUACAUCGGCACGAUUGGUCGGGUUUCAUCGGCUCUGAAUCCCUCGUCCAUAGCACCAGUGACUAUAGAAACGUUAUCCAAGGUACGAGCUCAUCGGCCGGGGACUUCCCCUAUUAUUAUUUUGUGCAUUUUUUAAAGGCCACGUUAGGGUGACAUUGCAUUCGCUUUCUCUUUCCACCACUGUCGUUUUAAUUCGGCGACCAGACACAAAAAAAGUGAAAGUGGAGGAUUGUCCGUCGCACGCAUUAAAGCUCCGGGAUUUCAGCGUCUGGCUGGCGUUCCCCCCCACCCAUCCCGCGGUGACGGUUAUGGGUCGGAAGCGGUGUGUCGGUGCAGAUUGUUCCAAGAUGGCGGCCGGGUGCUGCGGGGUGAAGAAGCAGAAGCUGUCGGGAUCCCCCGGGUCGGGGGGUCCUGGCGGGGUGGGGGCGGGGAGUGGGGUGACGGGAACCGGACACUGUGGGACAGACCUGGGGAUCGGUUCCUCCACCGCCGCCACCACCACUGUUGCAGCGGGGACCGUGGGCAGAGUCAACGGCCUGGGGGGACCGGGGGGAAACGUGAACAACUGUAGUAGUGGUAGUGGUGGCGGCGGUGGCGGUAGUAGUAGUAGCAGUACAGCCGUGCUGUCCCCAACCCCGGCCGGCUACAAUUCGUCCGGCCUCUCCCCUAAUCUGAGCCCGGGAUCCGGCUCGGGAAGCGGCGUGAGGAAGAUGGUGGUGUCGGCGGAGAUGUGCUGUUUCUGUUUCGACGUGCUUUACUGUCAUCUGUACGGAUACCAGCCGCCAAGGACCCCCCGCUUCACCAACGAGCCCUACCCGCUGUUCGUCACGUGGAAAAUAGGGCGAGACAAGCGGCUGAGGGGUUGUAUCGGUACGUUCUCGGCCAUGAACCUGCACUCAGGACUCAGGGAAUACACCCUUACUAGUGCCCUUAAGGACAGCCGCUUCCCGCCCAUGACGAGGGACGAGCUGGCCCGCCUCUUCUGCUCCGUGUCCCUGCUGACCAACUUCGAGGACGUCGGGGACUACCUCGACUGGGAGGUGGGCGUUCAUGGCAUUAGGAUAGAAUUUUUCAAUGAAAAAGGAUCAAAACGAACUGCCACCUAUUUACCAGAGGUUGCAAAGGAACAAGGUUGGGACCACAUUCAGACCAUCGAUUCCUUACUUAGGAAGGGAGGUUAUAAAGCUCCCAUUACCAAUGACUUCAGGAAGACCAUUAAGUUAACCAGGUACCGUAGCGAGAAGAUGACCAUGGCCUACGCAGAGUACAUCGCUCACCGCCAGCACCACCACUACCAGAACGGCGUGGGCCACCCCCUCCCCCCCUACAACCAUUAUUCCUGACAGCGAGCCCCGUGACCAAUCACUGCAGCUCUCCUCGGACCUGUUCCCGGGAGAGCCCGCCCCCGCCUGGUCUAGCUAUUUCUACUACUGUACCAUUUUAUGAUGAUAGUUUCCGUUGCCAUGGUGGCCGUCUCCUAGACGUUGGCAUGGCAACGGGCGGCAAACAAAUUUAUUACGGCGCGAAGUCCGCAUUUCCCCGCCCUCUUCCUUUCCUUUUAUUUCCUGCCGUGACGCUUUUGCAGCAGCAUAUAUAAACGUAUAUCCCUUCCUUUUUUGAAUUUGAAUUACGAUUUUUCUUUUUCUCCAAACUUAAGUCUUUAAUAAAAAAAAAGAAAAACCUAGUGAGGUUUUGGUUCUGUGGAUGAGAGCGUCUCUCAUGGUGGGUCAGGACUAACCUGGUAUUCUAGAGCUGAACCUUUCUCAUGCUUCUCAUUUUUAUCCCUGUGUGUGUGUGUGUGUGUGUGUGUACUAUUUGUAGCAAGGCAGCAGCGGUUGGGAGAAGUCUCAUGCUAUUAAGUGAGAGGGAGAGGUGCGAUGGCCUUGGCCGGGUGUCUCUGAGCACUGGACCCCCCAGCUGUAGAUAGCGAGGGCCUGACCGGUCGGCCGGGGGCCGGGGGCCGGGGGCUGGAGUGUGUGUGCCUCUGUGUGGUUUCAUCUUCUCCAGGAGAUGAGCCCGGCUAGAUGAGUAGAUUCUAUCGUUUGUGAUGCGUGAAGUGUUUCCCUCGCGGGCGCCCGAGGGGGCGGGGUUUUGUGGGGCGAGGUAACCUAUUAAAACUUGAACAGCGUUUGAUUGGCUAGGUAUAAAAGCGUUUAUCUUUUUAUUAUUAUUCCUUUUUUGCAACGAUUUCUACAUUGUACGAUUUAAUAAGGAGCAAGCCAUCUGUUCAUCUUGAAAGCCGGAUUGUCUGCGGGUCAUCUUUUGUAAAGUAGAUGAACCAGUUGGAGGGACUCCCCUGAACGCGGCGUUCUGAAGGUUAGGUGAGCAGUGGGAUAUAUUCACACGGUCGGAGAGGGAGAUCCAGAGUGGAUCCACCGUCAUGGUGUGUUUAUAGAGUUUAGGAGCAGGAAGCGACGGGGACAAACAAACCCCCUAAAGCCAUAAACCCAAGGCAUGCUUCAUAAGUGUUGUGGGCUGGAUGUCGUCGCUUGUCUUGGAUGAGUUAAUAAAGCUUCAAAUGGGAGCCCCAAAGCCGUUCCAGGGAGCCUGCUCCUCUGGGCCCGGUCCCAGGGGGCUCAUGAGGUGCGGUGACCCCUCUGGGGGGUGCCGGUGUGUAAUUAACUAAUUGACACGGUCUAAUGACCAAAGUCGUUAGUUGUUUUAGCUCCCAAACCCCAGAGUGGGUGUGAUUAGUGAACAUGUGAUCAGUGAACGUGUGAGUGAAGCGUUGCGUUGGCUGGGGGUUGCGGUCUUAAAGCCGCACCGGGACCCUGUCCCAAAGCUGCCCCCACCCCUAGAUUGGAGCCCCAACCCACGGUCACCUGAACGCCAGCCAGUCUGGGAGCUGAUGUGCCGCUAAGGGCCCUCCAAGCAAGCGUUGUCGUUAAGGGGAGAGUAAUGGGACAGGGCCCUUGAUCGCUGGGCCCCCCUCCCGACCAGAUCCCCCCACCUACGGGGUCUCGACCCAAGCUGCAGAGAACGGCGUCCUGUUGUGUCAGCUGUGGGGUCGGGAGGUCAAGAGAACACCGUCCCAGCGAGGGGUCCGUUAUUGUUGAAGACUCCAGAUAAUAACAGUGGGGGGGGGGGGUUCUAGGGACUUAUUGAAGCCAUUUCCCCUCGACAGACAGUCCCGUGCAUCCAGGACCUCUUUGGGUGUGCAGUAUCUCAGCUGUCCUGGUGUCCGCUCUGCGCUGCGUUCCAACGGCUGGUUCUGGUUCAGCAUCGCUGCCAUGUCUCCUUCACCUUCAUUGUUUUUUGUUGAAUUUGACCAACCGGCGGUUAUUUCCUUUAUGCAAACAGCCAAGGGCUUCAGGCGAUCCAUCCACAGUAACCCCAAACUACCAGACUUGAGUUGUGUUGCCUUAACUGGUGUUAAUAAUGUCUGGACCAGUAUUUGGUGCUGUAGUUGUUCCUCUCCCACCAUCGACUGUGUUGAACUCCCAUCUCGUGCUUCUCCAGAACUCUUCUGGUCCUUUAAACGGCAACAAACUACACAACCACAUGUUUUUCUUUUCUUCUGCUGCAAAACCAAAUUGCCCACGCUCCUCUCACCUAAAGUCUUUGUAUAGACAUGCAAUGUACUCUGUUGCAUGCGUGUAUGAGUAUAACCUAUGGUUUUAAAUCCAUGAUAUGCUUGAUCUAUCGCUUAGACACUCGGAACCACAAAGAGAUUUUAGAAGACUAAACAUAUGGUGCUAUCAGACCGGGCGUCGGGCGGUCAGCUGACCGGUCAUGAGGACUCAUCUCCAUAUCACUAACCCGACCUGUGGGGUUCUCUCUCCAGCGGCUCGCCUGUGAGACGGACGCACCACGCUUGAACUCUCACAAGAGUCAUGGAAGGUACACCUCCAUGUGGAGGACUGACUAUUCCCUCCAGACACCGAGAGACCACCCCUCACGUGGGCCCCCUUUUUUAACAUCCUUGAUAUAUGCAGAUAUCUGUUCAACAAAGUGUUUCUCGUGCCGUGCUGGUCAACGUCCCUGCAGGCUUGAAAGGGCAAGAAGUCACCCCUCCCCCCCCUGGUUUAGCCACCCUAGGAGAGGACGUGUGCUCGGUGGGUCAACGCACACACAAGUCUGUCAGGGCGGAGGUCGGUUUCGCCAGUUGCAGCAUCUCCUCUCCACAUGCUGCAGCUGGACGAGGAACCUCCUCUAGAGACUUUCCACUGGACAGGAAACCCGACCACCACGUGGUCCGCUUUCAUGUCCAGUCGGAUGGUCGGUUGAUGUAGUCAUGGACGGUCUUCAUCUACAUGUCUUACACAUUUUCUAGCAUCUUUUUAUGUUGUUAAACACAGAUAUCGUGAAUUACUGUCGGUCGAAACCCACCAACAAACAAUCAUGACUUUAUUUUGUAUAUUUAUUCAUCCUUCUACAAUAGAACGUAACUGGAGGUGUUGUUUGGUGACCAACCCAUGGAAGAUGUAAUCCUUUUCUGUCGUGUUCUGUCAACACUUUGUGUACCGAUACCUCAUAGACUGUUGGUGGAGGCGGUGAGACUCUUCUUGUCGUAGCAUACAUUUGGCGCCGUAACCGAGGGUCAGAGUUCGGCCGUAGCGUUCGUGCGAGGUCGUUCGUUGCCGUGGAGACUGUUCGUGUUGUGACCUCGCGUGCGUUUUGACCGAAGGUGCAAAAAAACCAGCCAUGUGCAAACGACAUGCUGCAGUGGGCGUGGCUCCCUGCCCUUCCAAGAACAGUUCUGCAAGCGACCAACCAUCUCCACUGUCCGUUGGUUUGUGUGGUACCUUGAAGCUGAAGCAACCCCAUCGCACCGCGUCCUGCCCUCCGACCCCCUGGCCCCCGACCCCCUGGCCCCCACCUGAAGGGCGCGGGGGACAAGAUGCUGGGUUGCACAUCGUAUCUUACUUAUUUUUGUUUAAUUUACAAAAAUGAAAAAUCCCAUGGUGUGCCUCCUAGCUUAUGGGUUUUAAAUGUUUGUUUGUUUUUUCCCUAAAGACCAGCAGUUAUACUUUAUAUAAAAUAUGGAUUUUCCUUAUUUUUAUGCUAUGUAAGAUGAAAAGCCUGUUUUCUUUACUUUGGACCCAGUAGCUGCACUGGUAUACAAUCGCACUGAUAGAUGAUAAUUAAAAAACAUAAACAAGACAUGGAUCAAUACUGAUACAAGCAAAUGAAAUAAGAAAAUACAAUAAACUUGUGUUUGGAACUUUUAUCUAAAAAAAAAGGAAUAAAAAUAAAAAAAGAGAAAAUGACUGUUUUUGUAUAUUAAAAUAAAUUCUUUUCAUAAUAUUUUGGAUCUAGUUUCAAACUUAUUUUAGUGGUUUUCUAUGUUCUGGGUAUUGAGACACAGUUCUGAAAGACUUCACUGUACAAAAUGGUUUUACUUUGCAGUGGCCGGGACGUUACCUGGAGUAACGUCCCUCUGAUUUUUUGUUUUGGGUUUAAAAUGCAUUUUCUCUUUUCAUUAAUGACUUGAAACGUUGUUGGAAUACCGUGGCGGUGGGUAUUCUAAAGGCAUCCCCUUGUAGAGCUAUAUAGAUAUUUCUUCUCCCUCUAAACCGCUAUUAGUGUGACCAGACUUGAAACGGGCAUUCAUUAUAGUACUCCCAAAAAAAUAUUUAAAAGUUUUAAAAGAAGAACAAAAAAAUGUGUGGGGAAGGUAUAAAAUGUAUAUAUACAGUAUAUAUAUGUGUGUAUAUAUACAGUAUAUAUAUGGGUUAUUAUCGGUAUGUAAGCCAUGGCUGUGAAGACGAUAAUGUAGUUUUAAACAUUGUUAUUACCUUUUAAAACCAUUUAUUCAAUAAAAAACCAAAUGAAAAGAGACAUUCGUGUGUACUGGAGUUCUUUCUUUGGCGCGUCAAUUUCUCUGCUCAGUUCUGCAUUAGACCGAGGGGAUGGAACGCAGAACCUUAGGCUCAGUUCUGCGUUAGACCGAGGGGAUGGAACGCAGAACCUUAGGCUCAGUUCU